CUGGCUUGAAUGCCUUGGCCGCUGUUAGGGCUCUGUCUUUCUUUCAUAUUCUUCAGGCUCAUGGGCUUGGCGCUUCCACGAUGGGUCUAUUCUACUGACACGGUUAUCGAUGCUGAUCAAGCAUCCGGCAUCCAGCAUCCAGCAUCCAGCAUCCAGCAUCCUGCCUGGACAUUCGAGCAGCACUGCUGGGCAGUAAGCUGACGACGCCGCAUGGGAUUACUACAAUACUACACACCUUCCGCUCUCGGUCCAGAUCUUGCGGCGAUGAUGCAUCCCACUCUAGAUGGACGGGUCCUGGCCUUUGGCGAGGUGUUUUCGGCCGUAACCACCCAGUGCAUACAGUAGAAAGGUGUGAUCAGGCAACAGGGCAUUACUGGCCUGGGCAGUGUGAGUUUAAUCCCAAUGCCUCUCGUAAGCAUUCCUACAGGCUGUAAUACUCGUAAGCUGCGACUUGCUUUGCUUCUGAUGGUGGGAUUGCUUCCGAGUGGCCUGCUGUCAGCACGGCGGGAGGCGGGAACAUGGGAGCUAAUUGAUCACCACAUGUAUAUCCAUGUCGAUGUCGCUCAGCGGGUUUUAUAAUCCGGCGCUUGCGGGAUCUCAAAAGACGGUCAGCAUUCUAUGCUGACUGCUGCCCUUUUUUGCAUGUGGUGAUAACUGGCAGUAUUGCCGUUUUGAG